CCCUUCCUCUCUCUCAGAGAGAUCAGGGAUCCAUGUAGUUCGAUUACUUCAUACAUUUUUCUCUAGGGUUUUAUAAUUAUUCUUCCUUGUUUCAAUUUCUAAGCCGUAAAAAAUGGACCAAUUUCACUGCAAUUUCAAUCCCAUCGAGUUCUUGAAGAAACCAGCGGUGGUUGAAACAUUUGUCGACAUUUUGGUUUGCGUAGUUCCUAUUUGGGUUGCUGUGAUGAUCGGAUUAGUGAUUGGAUGGUCAUGGAGGCCUCGGUGGACUGGUCUUGUCCUCUUCGGCCUCCGAAGCAAAUUUCGGUUUCUUUGGACCGUUCCGCCGGGUUUUGGAGCUCGUCGUCUCUGGCUCACUUUCACAGCACUCUCUGCAUUCUCGGUCGCUCGUAGGCUUUGGUUCAAUUUCAAAGGGAAGGGUGAAAAUUCCAUCGUAUCUGACUCGUCAGCGGGAACGGUGAUGCAGAGCGAGCGUAGUAGUAGUGUUGACCUUACCAGUGAAGCUCCGGAGCGAGAGCAGGACAUUGUCACUGAAAAGGAUUUACAGCAUCUAUUAUACCUUGUAGAAGGAAGGGAUGGAGAUAUUUCAUGGCAAAGUAUGAUGGAGCGCUCCACUCCAAACAUGCAAUACCAUGCUUGGCGUCAUGACCCUGAGACAGGCCCAACCAUUUUGCGGAGCAGAACUGUUUUUGAAGAUGCAACUCCUGAGCUGGUUAGAGAUUUCUUCUGGGAUGAUGAGUUUCGACCUAAAUGGGAUCCUAUGCUUUCAUACUUAAAAAUAUUGGAGGAGUGCCCUCACACAGGAAGAAUGACUGUCCACUGGAUAAAAAAGUUCCCUUUUUUCUGCAGUGAUCGAGAAUAUAUCAUUGGUCGAAGAAUAUGGGAAUCCAGAAAGACUUAUUAUUGUGUUACAAAGGGUGUGCAAUAUUCCAGUUUACCCAAGCGUGACAAGCCACGGCGUGUCGAGCUUUAUUUCUCUAGCUGGAUCAUCAAGGCUGUGGAAUCUCGGAAGGGGGAUGGACAAUUAUCAGCAUGUGAGGUGACCCUUGUACAUUACGAAGACAUGGGGAUCCCAAAGGAUGUGGCAAAGCUGGGUAUUCGUCAUGGAAUGUGGGGAACUGUCAAGAAAUUACAUUCUGGCAUGAGAGCUUAUCAGCUUGCGAGGAAAUCGGAAGUACCACUCUCCAGAUGCGCAUUGAUGGCACAGAUCACCAUAAAGAUUCCCAUUGAAGUUAGCAACAAUUCUUUAGCUCUAGCAUCUAGUGGUGAAGAAGUGAAGGAUGAUGACACUAUGGAUUUGCAACAAAAGAGAGAUCAUGGUAUAGAUUGGAAAUGGAUAGUUUUGGGUGGAACUGUGGCUGUGGUAUGUGGGUUUCAUUCCGGUGCAAUCAGAAAAGCUUUGUUAUUUGGAGCAGCACGGCGGCUUGCACGGAAGUGAAUUCACUUUUACUAUUAUAUUUGUACGAGGGGAAGGAUAUUGUAUUUUUGAGUCAUAAUUAAUUUCUUAUA